CGUCCUCCAGUACUCGAGGUUCUUGUGGUCCGACUCAAUCUCAAACUGGGAGGGGAGACCUUCGAGGUAGUGACGCCACGCUUGCAGGGCACGGAUGAUCGCGAGCAUCUCCUUGUCGUAGAUCUUGUAGUUCCGUUCAGCAAUGUUCAUGGACUCGGAGUGGUACGCGAUCGGGUGAAACUUUCCAUCGUCGCCCUCUUGGGACAGGACCGCACCAGUGGCGUACCUGGAGGCGUCGACCUCAACUCGCGUUUUCCGUUCCGGGUCAUAGAUGCAGAGGACCGGACUUUCACAGAACCGUCGUUUGAUCUCGUCGAACGCACGUUGCUCUUCCUCGCCCCACUGCCAGGGGUUAUUGCCCGUAAGUCGGUCCAGUGGUCUGCAGAUGGCACUGAAGUCGUGGAUGAAUCGUCGGUAGAAGUUGGCAAAGCCACGGAACUUCCGUACGUCCGAAGUGUUCUGAGGAGUUGGCCAGUCUGCAAUUCCCUUGACUUUGACCAGGUCCAUGCCCACGCGCCCUUCGGAGAAGAUCAUGCCAAGAUACUCGAUCUGUGA